UGAAUUUUUUCGAUUUUUCUCCGUUUGCCUUCGGCUGUACGUAAAGCCCAACCAAGUAUCGGUAUUGUCCAUCUGCUAGAAGCUCACUCUAUGAGGAAGAAUGAGGCCCAAAGCCUUUGUUUUAGCUUUUCUCUCCGCCAGUCAACUGUUAAAUUCAGAAUAAUUCCCCAUUGACAGUCUCUACUCUCUUCUCUCGCCUCUUGCCAUAGCUUUUCUUCACCGAGAUAUAGAAUUAUGUUUUUCUUUUUAUCAAAAUUUUUUUGAGUAUUUUGUAUCAAAAUUUGAUCUUUGCUUAAACUUUUGAAUUUAAAAUUUUCCUUCUAUUUUUCGUCUCCUUUACUUUUCCUGAUAUCCGAUCAUUUCCAAUCGUUUAUGUUUUGCCCCUCUUUCUUCAUCCAGAGCUGACAGCUGGAAAAAGUUUUUCAUUUUUGGUUUUUGUGUUUGAAAAUUGGAGAAAAUUCAAAGUAAUGCGUUGUGAAAAUUCUAAUAAACAAAAGCAUUUUUAAAUAAGUAAAGAAAGGAAAAAAAUGACAGAAAUGGAUCCAUCGAAGAAAGUCGCGGAUAGGUAUUUGAAGCGCGAGGUUCUUGGUGAAGGUACUUACGGUGUUGUCUACAAAGCCAUUGAUACCAAGACAGGGCAGACAGUUGCAAUUAAGAAAAUUCGGCUUGGGAAGCAAAAGGAAGGGGUGAAUUUUACAGCGCUUAGAGAAAUUAAACUUCUUAAGGAGCUUAAAGAUCCGAAUAUAAUCGAGUUAAUAGAUGCAUUCCCACAUAAGGGUAACUUGCAUCUUGUGUUUGAAUUCAUGGAGACUGACCUUGAAGCUGUUAUUCGAGAUCGGAAUAUAUUCCUCUCACCAGCUGACAUCAAAUCCUACAUUCAGAUGACUUUGAAAGGGCUUGCUUUUUGCCACAAGAAAUGGGUUUUACAUAGGGAUAUGAAGCCGAAUAAUUUGCUGAUUGGACCCAAUGGACAACUUAAACUUGCUGACUUUGGUUUAGCACGCGUAUUUGGGAGCCCAGAUCGUAAGUUUACUCACCAGGUCUUUGCUCGAUGGUACAGAGCUCCUGAGUUACUUUUUGGUACCAAGCAAUAUGGUGCUGGCGUGGAUGUUUGGGCGGCUGCCUGUAUAUUUGCUGAACUUCUCCUACGACGACCAUUUCUGCAGGGCACAAGUGACAUUGAUCAAUUAGGAAAGAUCUUUGCAGCUUUUGGGACUCCAACAUCUUCUCAAUGGCCAGAUAUGGUAUACCUUCCCGAUUAUGUAGAAUACCAAUUUGUUCCUGCACCACCUUUGCGCUCAUUGUUUCCAAUGGCCAGUGAUGACACUUUAGAUCUGUUAUCAAAAAUGUUCACUUAUGACCCAAAAGCUAGGAUUUCAGUGCAGCAAGCAUUAGAGCACAGGUAUUUUUCAUCUGCGCCUCUACCUACAGAUCCUGCUAAACUCCCUAGGCCUACUCCUAAAUCGCGAGUGUCAGAUAUUAAUCCCCAGGAUGGUCCCACUGUCCUUUCUCCCCCACGAAAAUCGAGGAGAGUAAUGCCAGAUCGUGAGAGGUUUGAAGGUAAUUCCAACCUUGCAGAGAAGAUUAAUGAGUGUGAUGGUGAAGUGAGACAGGCAGUUGGUGACGUUGCAGGAAAGAAAGAACAUGUGCCAACAUCAGUAGAUUUUUCAAUCUUUGGCUCAAAACCUCUGAGUAGACCUACAAUUAACAGUGCUGAUAGAUCUCAUCUGAAGAGGAAACUUGAUCUUGAAUUCCAACACAAUGAAUAAGAAAAAUCUACAUAUUUGUAUCUGAGAAUUUUUUAUGGUUAUGUUUCUGCUGCACGGCUAUUUAUGAGCUAUAUGGUGACUUCUUGAAGUUUCUGUUAUCCAUUUUCUAUAUUUGGGACUGGGGUUUUUAUUGGUCGGUAUCCUCCCUUGAUAUCAUGAAGAAGCAGUUAACGUUGAAGCUGAGGAUUAUUAUUUUUGAGAGGAUUUUCUUCGGCUUGCAAAAGACUGUAAAGGAAGAAACAUUUUGACGAAAUCUGUAUUAGCCCAUAGAAGGCAAAAUUUUGAAUAUAACUUGUUCUACCUAUAACAGGAUGAGGAAAAAAAAAGAAAAAAGCAUAUCCAACAAGAAGAGGGAAAAAUUGAUAUUUGCUGCUUGAGAACAGCUUGGUGGUUCAGGUUGAUAGAAAGACCCAACUUGAUCUGUUAUUAUUUAUGUUGUUCUGGGUGAAGGGCAGCACGAGGGGAUGAACCAAGUUUUAGUGUCACGUCUUACCUUAAUGUCUUGUGUGUUUGCACAUGUUUUGAGAUGAGUGAAUAAUAUCUUUGAUUUA